AUGGGUGUUUCGGGUGAUUCACCAUCACAAAAGGGUUCAUGGAGAUUUUUCACUAGAAAGAAGCAGGUUAAUUCUGCAAGUAAAAACACUAAACCUCUGCUUGCACAGGAGUUAACUAUUCCUCAUCUUAUUGCAAUUGUUGUUGGUUCAACAAUUGGUGCUGGAGUGUAUGUUUUGGUUGGAACAGUAGCUAGAGAGCAUUUUGGACCAGCUUUGGCUAUUUCUUUUCUGAUUGCUGGCUUAGCAGCUGGUCUUUUUGCUUUUUGCUAUGCGGAGUUGGCUUGUCGAUGUCCUUCUGCCGGAAGCGCGUAUCACUAUUCAUACAUAUGUCUUGGAGAAGGUGUUGCUUGGUUGAUUGGCUGGUCCUUGAUACUGGAAUAUACAAUUGGUGCCGCAACUGUUGCACGUGGCGUAACCCCUAAUCUUGUGAGAAAUCCUCAACGAGAUUUGCCACUAGGCAUCGGUGCUUCAUUGUUCCUAUGUUGUGGAAUUUAUAUGCUGGUCUCCUAUGUUGUGGAAUUUAUAUGCAAUCGGUUACAUUAUAAAUGCCGGAAUGCCGGAGCUUGCACAGCUCUCAUCUCAGCAUUGAUGGGUGGGAUACUUCCACAGGUGAGUCACCUUAUGAAAACAUUGGGUACAUUAUCUGGCUACCUUUUCGAAUGCAACUACAUGCCGUUAUCUGAUUCUGAACACGACAACUGUUUAAUGACUCCUGACUCGGUUCUCGAACCGGUUGGUUUGAACCAGACUUUAUCUGGUUCAGGAGGAUAUGGUGGUAUGGAUUGUAGAACCACUCUUGCUUGCACUGCAACUACUGAGAUAAUUAGAAAGAAGAGAAGUGGUUGUUCAACUUUUCGACCACCGUGUCGGCCAGCAUGCUCGUCGGUAAUGGAAAUCACAAAAGACUGGAGGAAAGAAGGUAUAGUCAGUGAAGUUAAAGAUCAAGGCCACUGCGGAUCAUGCUGGACAUUCAGCACAACUGGAGCGUUGAAAUCAGCUUACGCACAGGCAUUCGGAAAGAAUAUCUCUUUCUGA